AUGUUUGAAAAAACAAAAUAAUUAUAUAUAUAUAUACAGUAUAUAUAUAAUUUUCAUUUUUUGUUUUGUUUUUGAAAGGAAACUUGAAGUACUAAAAAUUAUAUUUUAUUGCCAUAAAUUGAUAUUUCGUAUGUAUAAUUUAGCCAUUUUGUGGUCAGGAAUUACUAUUUCAUUGACAAUGUUUUAACUAUUUCUUUUUUUUGUUCCAUGUCAUCUGUAUGUACAAUAUAUUUAAAAAAUACUUAAUAUAAUUCAUUUUAGUGGAUCUUAGAAGCACACAGAAAAAAAAAAAAAAAAAAUUGACACUUACAUGUGUUAUUCAUGUCAUGUGGUUCCUAAAUCUCUUGACAGGAAGAUAACACUUACAUAACUCUUGGGAGGACCAGGUAGUUGUGGGAAAGAAGUGACAUACAUAAAGGAGGGGAUUCCUCUUAGAAAUGACCAGUUUGUUGUCUGCAGCAGAACUGGUACUAUUAAUCCUUGAAGUAAAAAGUUGUUCAAUGUACUGUUUGUCUUUUUUUCUGAGGUAUGUACGAUGUGCUGUACAGUAUGUAAAUGACAUCUUUUCUUUACUGCUAUGUUGGGUAAAAUUAUUACAUGUUCAGGUUAUAAUGCUGUAAGUUGUAUUUGGCCAAAAAAUGAACACCUCCUCUGUUUUACAUUUUAGUGGUUUCAAUCUGUCUGCAGAAAGUGUUGUUCCCGCCUUUCUUUUUGCAACUCUCAGCUACAUGGUCAUACUGUUCUGCAACCUCACUCUGAUUCUCACCAUCGUGCUCAACAAAUCCCUGCAUCAGCCCAUGCAUCUCAUCCUGCUGAACCUUCCCAUCAACGAUCUGAUUGGUUCGUCGGCAUUGUUUCCCCAGCUCAUCAAAGAAAUCCUGACCAACAGCAGGAAGAUUCAAUACUCGGCGUGUGUGACUCAGGCUUUCUUUAUCCACGUCUAUGCGGCAGGUACUGUGUUCCAUCUGUCUGCCAUGGCCUACGAUAGAUUCGUUGCCAUAUGUUACCCUUUGCGGUACAACACAGUCAUGACUAACGCACACAUUAUGAAAUUGAUCACUCUGGUGUGGUCAUCCAGUUUGGUUUUAAUCAGUGUGUUGUUCAUCCUGCUUUUGCGUCUCGACAGAUGCCGCUCUGAAAUGAGCAACCCCUACUGCGACAACCCAAACCUGCUGAGUUUAGUUUGUGGCGACACAACCAUUAAUAACAUUUAUGGGCUUUGUAUCAGUGCUCUUUCACAACUGGUGGCUAAUGGAACAGUUCUUUAUACGUAUCUCCGCGUCCUCAUUGCGUGCUUCAGAUCCAAACGGUCAGACACUAGAGCCAAGGCUUUGCAGACGUGCGCGACACAUCUAGUAGUUUUUCUCUUGUUGGAGUGUUUAGGGCUUUUCACCAUCAUAUCACACAGGCUGCACAACAUUUCCCCUCAUUUAAGGAGAUUCAUGGGGUUGUCCACAUUGAUUUUUCCACCCACUCUGAAUCCAAUCAUCUACGGCCUAAAAACUAAAGAAAUCAGAGAAAAGAUUUUGCAGCUUUUUAGGAUCCGGGUGCAUCCUUUGAAAACAAUGUUCUCUUGA